AUGUCGAGCUUAGCCGAUAAUGGAAUGGUCGCUCUUCGGGAGGUUCCUGGGAAAGGCAAAGGACUCAUUGUCACCCAUAAGAUCCUCAAGGGCACUCGUGUCCUCUCCGAAGAGCCCAUUAUCAGAAUUCCUGAAGAUGCGCCAGACAGUCCGGCCCUACGAGCAUCCCUACGCAGGCAAGUUGAUGAACUUCCUUCGGACCAACGGCGAGCCUUCCUAUCCAUGUGCAACAUUUAUCCCGGCGAAGCUGACUCACAAUACCUUGGAAUCUUUCGAACAAACGCUCUUCCCAUUGAGAGCGGAAGUGGCAUCUUUCUCGCAGCGUGCCGCAUCAACCACGCCUGCGACAACAACGCACAGAAAGCCUGGAAUGAGGGCAUCAAACGGCACACGGUCCAUGCUUUGCGAGAUAUUGACAAAGGUGAAGAGAUCACCAUCACCUACGUCGGUAUCUUGAACAAUCGCAGAACCCGUCAAGAAGCCCUUCGAAAGAAGUUCAAGUUUACCUGCUCAUGUAACCUUUGUUCAUUGCCACCACAUCUGAGCGCCGAAAGCGACAGACGGCUCGAUGAGAUCCUGAGGCUAGAUGCCCGUAUUGGUAGAGAUGGUCUGGUAGGAAUUUUGUCGGACCCGAAGCGGGUACUUGGAUACGUGGAUCAACAAGUCCGACUAUAUAAUGAACAAACUCUGGACGAUGUCGGCUUGCCGAGGGCUUUCUUUGAUGCCGCACAGAUUACUGUCGCCCACGGAGACUUGGCCAGGGCACGCGUUUUUACUGAACGGGCGGCGGCUGGAUGGCUUGUCCUGGAAGGUGACGAUAGCCCCAGAGUGCUUAACGCCAAGAAACUUGCUCAAGACCCUUCAAGCCACGAUACAUAUGGGAACUCAACGGCUUGGAGGACUGCCGUGGAUGAUGUCCCCCAGGGACUUGACUCAAACGAGUUUGAAAACUGGAUAUGGAAGAGGGAGAAGGAAAACGAACCCGAGCAACUGGGAAUUCUCCGCAACCAAGUGACAUUUCCUAGUUUCCUUCAACUGCCUGACGAGACAGAUGUUGAUGACGACUUCUUCAAAAGCAGAGAUGGGGUCAACUAUCGGCCCUGGCGACAUUGGUGCUUUUUGGCAGAAAUCGUCGACUUUGCAACAAUCGUUCGUCUACAUAUGGAAGUUAAGGACGUGGCCGGUAUGAUAAUCCCGCUUUCCUUCUAUACAGACAGGCGCGGCAGCGAAAUAGACCUGUCACAGCUUUGCAAGGGGUAUACUAUUGCAGUUCUCUAUGCACAACAGCAUGCAUUCGCCUUUUCGGAACCCGGAAUCCGUCACGAAGACCCCACAUUUUUCAAGGUAUGCCUGCUAUUUCUCUGUGGUCAACUUAGUUGUGGCAUCUUUUUAAUCUGUCUCGUCGCGCCGACUACAGAUAUUCCCACUGUCAUUAGACAACUUGCUGGCGCUGAGCGACCAAGUCCAGAGGUUUUCUAUGGAAGCGAAUGGCAUGAGAAUAUGUCACGGAUGCGAGAAACAGGCUACAUCUUUGAAGAGGUGUGCGAAGUGCUCGCUGUUCUGGUUUGCCAGAAGGCAGGCUGGAGUGAGAAAGACCACAAAGUAGACUGCAAGCUUCUUUGCGAUGGCGAUCUGAAGGGACUCCUCUCGCUCAACUGGGAUGACUUUCAAGAUUUCGCCAGGUUCCCUUUGGCUCGUUCAGUUCACUGA